AUGCUAAAUUUUGAGAAAACCCAAACAAUUAAUUAUACUGCACGGCUUCUGCGGAUAAUAGGUAAUCAGCGAAAGCCUGGAAUAACAAAGCAGCGAAAGAAGAAUGAGUUCCUCCUCCUCCACAGCUCUUCGAGAACUGCAGCGGGACCUCGAAAACAAAGCUAACGAUCUUAGCAAACUCCAAAACGAUGUAGCGAAGAACCAUCAAGUCAGGAAGAAAUACACUAUUCAGUUAGGAGAGAACGAGUUAGUCCUUAAGGAGCUGGGUUUAUUAAACGAGGAUGCAAAUGUUUACAAGUUGAUCGGUCCAGUGCUUGUUAAACAAGAUUUAGCAGAGGCUAACGCCAAUGUUAGUAAGAGAAUCGAAUACAUCUCUGCUGAAUUGAAGCGGCUUGAUGGGUCUCUUCAAGAUUUGGAAGAGAAACAACAUAGCAAGAGAGAGGCGAUAUUGAAGGUCCAAGAUAGGAUUCAAUCUCAUCAAGCAGGAAAAGCAAAGGCUUAGCGAUCUUCAACCAUGAUCUUUAAUGCUGUAAUUCGUGCUUGCAAGCCUCUGUUGGAGUUUUAAUCUAGUGUUCUUGAACCGUAGUUGUAAUAUUGCCCCUUUAACCAUGAUCUUUUAACAGUCAUGACAGGAUCAUAAGUUGUUCUAAGCAAUGCAUUUUCUGCCUUUUGGGGGAUACUGAUUGUAAAACUGAUAAUGAGUUGCCACUUAAAUUUGCAGUUUGAUGUAAUUCGUGCAGUGAACUUCCAUUGAAUUAUCAGCUGCUCUUUACAUUUGAUAUUAUA